GAGUCGAGCACCAUAGGGAGCACCGUUGAAAGGAUCACGGAUGUGCAGAUUAAAUAAGUGGCAAAACCAUUCUCAUUUGUCAAAAAUGGCCAAAAACACAUCCCUAUAUUUCCGUAUUGUAGAGGGCAGGAGCCUUCCAGCCAAAGACGUCUCUGGGACCAGUGACCCAUACUGCAUUGUAAAAGUUGACAAUGAAGUUGUGGCCAGGACAGCCACAGUGUGGAAGAACCUCAACCCUUUCUGGGGAGAAGAAUACACACUGCACCUCCCGACGGGGUUCCACUCGCUCUCCUUCUAUGUCAUGGAUGAGGACACCAUUGGCCAUGAUGACAUCAUUGGAAAGAUAUCGCUGAGCAAAGACACCAUCGGGGCCAAGGUUAAAGGGCUGGAUAACUGGCUGAAUCUGACCCGGGUGGACCCGGAUGAGGAGGUGCAGGGGGAGAUCCACUUUGGUCUGGAGCUUCUCAGAGAUGCCAAAGGUAUAGGACUACGAUGCCAUUUCAUAGAGGCCAGAGACUUGGCACCAAGAGACAUUUCUGGAACCUCUGAUCCCUUUGCCAGAAUCCUCUUCAAUAACCACAGUGCAGAGACUUCGAUCAUUAAAAAGACUCGUUACCCACACUGGGGUGAGACCCUGGAGUUGGAGCUUGAGACAGAGGAGCUGUCUGAGGGAGGGACUGUCACAGUGGAGGUCUGGGACUGGGACAGGGUGGGCAAAAAUGACUUCCUGGGAAAGGUGGAAAUCCCUUUUGCUUGCCUGCACAAGACACCUCUGGUACAGGGUUGGUUUCGUCUGCUGCCCCUGGGAAACAAUGAGGAUGAUGCUGGAGGUAAGCUGGGUGCGCUGCGACUGAAGGUGCGUCUGGUGGAGGACCAUAUUCUUCCCUCCAUGUACUACCAGCCUCUCAUUGACCUGCUGGUGCAGUCAGUCAUCUCUCCUGCUGAGGUGGAGGACGGCAGCCCCCUGACCAUGCUGGAGGAGGUGACCACAGUGGAGAGCCGGCAGGACGUGGCCAUGACCCUGGUCAAGAUCUACCUGGGGCAGGGCCUGGUGGUGCCCUUUCUGGACUACCUCAACACCCGUGAGGUCAACCACACCUUGGAUCCAAACACCCUGUUCCGGUCCAACUCUCUAGCUUCUAAGGCCAUGGAACAGUUCAUGAAGGCUGUGGGGAUGCUGUACCUUCAUGAGGUCCUGAAGCCCAUCAUUAACCGCAUCUUUGAGGAGAAGAAGUACAUUGAGUUGGACCCGUGUAAAAUUGACCUGAACAGAACCAGGCGUAUCUCAUUUAAAGGUGCAGUGUCUGAGGCUGAGGUGAGGGAGAGCAGUGUGGAGAUGCUGCAGGGCUAUCUGUCUAACAUCGUGGAGUCCAUCAUUGGGUCAGUUACCCAGUGUCCACCUGUCAUGAGGGUGGCCUUCAAACAGCUGCACAAGAGGGUGGAGGAGCAGUUCCCUGAGCCAGAGAAUGAGGAUGUGAAGUAUCUGGCCAUCAGUGGGUUUUUCUUCCUGCGUUUCCUUGCCCCUGCUAUCCUCACACCCAAGCUCUUUCACCUGAGGGACCAGCAUGCAGAUACACGCACCAGCAGGACACUGUUACUACUGGCCAAGGCAGUGCAGAGUGUGGGGAACCUGGGUUUGCAGCUGGGCCACGGUAAGGAGCUGUGGAUGGAGCCCUUGCAUCCCAUCAUCCUUUAUAGCGUGGCCUCUGUUAAAGACUUCCUGGACAAGCUCAUCGACAUUGAUAGCGUGUCAGAGGUGCCCCAGAGGGCUGUGUUCCUGCCCUCAGUGACAGUGAAGGAGGGCUAUCUCCAGAAGCACAAGGCCGAAAGCCCCCAGCUCCUGUCCCGCUUUUCCUUCAAGAAGCGAUACUUCUGGCUGAGCAGUGAGACACUGUCCUACGCCAAGACCCCGGAUCCCUGGCAGGUGCGCUCCUCCAUCCCCAUCCAGUGUGUGUGUGCUGUGGAGAGAGUGGAUGAGAAUGCCUUCCAACAGCAGCAUGUGUUGCAGGUCGUCACCCAGGACAACGAUGGACAGAUGCACACCAUCUAUACCCAGUGCAAGAAUGUGAAUGAGUUGAACCAGUGGCUGUCAGCCAUCAGGAAGGCCAGUAUCUACAACAGGCGCAUGCUGCCCUCCUUCCACCCAGGGGCGUACCGAAGUGGCAAGUGGACCUGCUGCCUACAGGCUGACCGCGCAACUUCAGGUUGCAGUCGCACUCACUCUGCAGUGACUCUGGGCGACUGGAGUGACCCAUUAGAUCCAGACGCAGAGACCCAGACCAUCUACAAACAGCUUCUUCAGGGAAGAGACAAGCUCAGGAAACAGUAUGUGGAGGUGGAGGCUGAGAUGACCACAGAGGAAGAGAAUAGAGUGAACUCUGGGCUGCUCCCUGAUGGAGCUGACUGUAGCGGGGAGCUCCUGAAGCACAGGCAGGCUGCAGCGGUUCGGCUACUUGGAGUGGUUCUGGAUCUGGAGCAGGCCCAUGCCACCUUCCAGCGACAGGAAAGAGUGGAGGCUGGUAGCCUCAUCCUGACCCACUAGAUUGGGCCUUCCCUGGGGCCUGAGCCCGGGUCUGAAGGGGAGAGCAGCGUCCUGUAUCAGACUCAAUGGAGUAGGAAAACUAAGUGACCACAGAAGGAAGGCAGCCUCUCCCUGCUCCCUGUCAUGUUGUCUGUUACAUGUGAUGUCUAGAGGAACUCUCUUCUCAUGCAGAUCACUUCUUCAUAAGCCAGAAUGAAGAGGAUACCCAUUCUGUAACAUCUUUUUCCUGGGACGUUUGAUAUCACACACACAGGUUUUCAGCUGUGGCAGAGAAGUUAUCUAGUGAAAUAACUGAUUGCCACAGGUCUUGCAUUCAGAUGAACUGCCACAUAAACUUCUGCUACUCUCCCAAAGCUUGGGUUCUUAUCGAUUGAGCAGGACACAAACUGUUAUGUGGAACUGAGCUGAAGCAGGGGCACGCAUGGAGUGUGUCAUUCCGUGGUACUGCAUUAUUGUAUGGCUAUCAAGGAAUGCAGUGCAUGCCCUGCAUCCAGCGUCUGUGAAAUGUGAAGAAUUUAGUUUAUAUUCAAAUCAUUAUAUGGGUCGUUCCAGCAAUUCGGUGCCUUUUAAGAAGUGGUAAAAAAAGUAAAAAUACUUUGGAUUUUAGCAUUCUGUCAUAAAGAGCACACGUUUUCCCAUCUCAAGAGGUUCAAUUAAAACAAUUACUAUAGUAAGUGCCUUUUAAAUGUCAAAUAAAGUAACAGGGUUGACCACAACAGGGUUGCGAAUUUCAUCUUAAAAUCAGCCAUAAAUCCCCUUUUGACAGGGGGAAUGGAACAGGGAGUGGCAAUUGAAUGCAGGCUUCCCAUUUGUAUGUAUUUGUUGUUACAACAUUUCUAGCCUGUCUAUGGGUAACACUAAUAAAUAAUAAUCUUCAGAAAUUACUUUUUCAGAGCAACAAUAACUAGGGCUUUACAAUGAUGGUGAAUAUGUGGAGAAAUGUUGGGGUUAAGUGGGUAAAAAACUUCCUCGAAGUCACAGAGGGUGCACGGAGGGACCUCCCUAGAAGUCACAGAGGGUGCACGGAGGGACCUCCCUAGAAGUCACAGAGGGUGCAUGGAGGGACAUGUCAAAGUGCUGAAUUUUGGCACUUUAGCAAGUAUUUAUUCAUAUAAAACAAAUUGGAUUUAUUGAAUUAUCCAUGUGGUCUAUAUUAAAUGGUACUUCAUUUAAUAUAACAGGCAUUUAAAAUUCAAUAUUGGUGCACAAUUUCUAAUUAGAAUAUUAAGGGGCUCCAAAAGGCACUGUUUUCAUGUAACGACCCAUACCUUGGAGGACGAUUAUGCAAUCUACUCUAGUUUUAGAUGGAUCUACCUGAAUGUAUGCUAUUUGGAUAUUGCUUUUAUUUAUGGGUUUUUUACUCUCUAAUUUAUAUAUUUCAAUUGAUAACAUCCACAAUGUUGUAGUAAGAUUGUGCUGGUGUUCAUAUUAAUGAGGGUAAUGCCCUGUGAGAUUUCUUAGUAAGUGUUUUUUAUUAAUACAAUGACACACACGCCAUAAUUGCUUGAACAGUCACUUGCUAUUAGUAUAUUGUUUUCACUGUUGCCAUAGUGAAGCUUGUGUUUGGUGCUGUUGCUCCGUGGAUUUAUGGGAAGUAACUCAAACUCAAAUUUGUGGCUUUGAUAUGAAAAACAUAUUUUACAUGGUCCACAGUUGUUUGGUUAAUUGGUAAAAACUUUGGUGUCUUUGAAGCAGUACUACUGACAAUAUUAAACAGUAGAUUAAGUGGCAUGUUUACUGUUCUCAGGUCAUUGUAUUUGAAGUCAUUUUAAGACAGCUGAUUUUGAGUGAUGUGUCAUACAGUAACUGUCAUUCUUUUGUAAUUAAUGGAUUUGAACAUUUGUAGAUAAUUUCUGUUCUACUCUAGUUAGGGUCCCAUCACCCUCUGUAGAGAGCUAAUGAUGUCGGCUCACAGCCGUUUGAGUGUAUCCUGUCUUAGCCAUACCUUAUAUUUUGUAUACAUGUAUGUAUUUCCUACAAUUUUGACCAAAUUCAGUUUGCUGGUUUUGAGUUAAGCUCAGAGGAGUAGAGAUGUGUGUUCUUGCACAUUGAUGAGUUGUCAAACUCCAAGUGUGUGAGUUGAGUUGCGUGGAAUGGCGUGCACCAUUGAAAAUGCUUUCUGUGGAGGUGUGGGAGAUGUUUCAAAUGCCAAACUGCAUUUGUUGCCAUGGUAAGUUGUGUACUGUCUUUAAUUUAGUAGUACUUUCUUUAAAUUAGUGACAAGGAAGUUUUUUUUUUUUUUAUCAGUCUUGUUGAUUCAAGAAAGAAAAGCUAAGCGUAUUGGAUUGUUACAGUUAGUUACACUGUUAUCAAAUUAUAUGUUACUGAUAUCCGAGUAGAUUAUUGACCUAUUAUUGUAAUCUGUUUAGUAAAUUCUAUUUAACUUGGCUGGCUAUCUUUAGAAGGUUAUUAUAGACCACUGUUGAAUUCCGCUGAAUUUCAUUAAGCCGCCUCUCAAGUUCAAAUCCGGACAAAUAUUGCUUGUUGCUCGUUGACUUGUUAUUUGUUGAAAGAGGGCUGCAAUUUAGAAAAUGAGCUUACAUUUUAUAUUGCUGACACAAAAUGAUUGCAUGCACAAAGCGGAUGGUUACAGAUUGGUGGUAACAUCAGCUGUAUUACUGUGAACUGUAUUGGAAAUAUUGAGUAAAAUGUAAUGUUACCGCUACUACUUAGUUUGAAUCUGUGUUCAUGCACACACUAAAAAACCUUUUGAAUUUACAAUGCUGUCUCACAAAGACAAGGCGGUUGGAAC